AUGAAUUUCAAUAUAGCAGCUGAAGAAAUGCGACGCCUCGAUGGUGAACCAAAUGAUGAAGAAAAAUUGCAAUUAUAUGGUCUUUAUAAACAAAUAAUUCAUGGAGAUAUACCAUCCGUUGAAGAUUAUCCCAAACCAUCCGGAACUGAUCAAUGGAAUUUGCGUAAGUACAGUGCUUGGGUAAAAAAUAAAGGAAAAGAUCGGCAAAAGUGUGAAAAAGAGUAUGUACAAUUAGCCGAAGAAAUGAUCAAGAAAUAUGGUCGUAAAAUCGUACGCUGUAAAUGGAACAGUGAAGUUUGGACUGUUGAUUAUUGA